GUGCUUCUUACCUUUCCAGUACAUGUGGGUGUGCAGUGAAAGGGGAAAAAUUGAAAGGUGAGUCGUCGUCGCGUAGUCACAAUAAAAGAAAAUCUUUAAAAAGGAAAAGAGGCUUCCCUAUUUAGGUUGGUGACCUCAAUGCCGACUUCUCCCAUCUGCAGAGCAUUGACGCCCUCCGCUGUUUCUCGCGCAGCCUCCGGUCUCGCUGCCAUCACCGCUGACGUCGCUGCCGGGCCGUUGCAGGGGCACCCACACAAUGGCGCCGCGUGUGCGCUCACGACCUCCUCCCCUGUACUGGAGCACGAAAGAUGCUCCUUCUCUUCCACACCGUGCAGCGCGUCCAACUUGCGGGAGAGAUGGCGCCUGCCCCUCCCUUUCUGUGGAGGCGGCCUGCUACAUCAGACUCGGCUUGUCAGAGCCCUUAAGCCGGUCUCCUCGGCGCACACGGAUCACCGUGGGUACAAGGGCAACUACUCUCCACGUUUUGCCGCACCACUGGGGCAGCCGCUGGCACGGCCCAAUGUCUUUGAAUACGCCAGCACUUCGUUUUCUGCUCCGGCGUUGGUGCAGGUCCCUCGAUCGCCAAGCGAUUUACUGGACGACCUGCCUGUUUACGAGCCGAACGAUCUGAAUGGGCCGCCGAGGACGCGCGUGAACGCCUACAUUCCCAUGCGCACGCUGCCUUUCUCUGACGCCUUAGCCUUUUACUACCGCAAACAAGGUACCAGCAGCGGUGGUGUGAGAGGUGUGGAGGACAAUGAGGAAGACCGCCGAGGCCCUGACAGUAGCAGCGGCAGCAGCAGGGGUGGCUACUCGACGUACUCCACGAACGCAGCAUCCGACGAGGCGAGGAGCGACGCACGCUACGGCCGCGGACGAAACGAGAAUGAAGAGAACCUCUACUGCCGUUUGUGUCGCGAGGAGGUGCGGCCGGAGUUCACCUGUCGCGGGCACAUCACCGCGUCAGGCCUCGGCAGUCACGUCCCCCACCCCGUUCGUGAAGUCGCACUGGACACGAUGGCAUUGCUGGCUAUCCGGGGGUAUCCCAUCGACGACAUCCUCACCGUGUGGGCAGAGACUCUCUACCACUGCCCGGACCUGCCCCGCAUCCAUGGCCUGACGAACCCGCGAUGCUCGCUCGAAGAGCGAGCGGCGCACCUGGGCAAUCUUAUGUAUGCUCUGAAAAAAAUCGGCGUGUUGGAUCUCGCGCUCACCCGACAGGGCUCCGCGCACAGGACGGUAGCUGUGGUGCCCGAGAUGUACCGUCGCCGCCGGGUCGCCUUUGAGCGGCUGGAGUACAUUGGUGACAGCUUCUGGGGGGUGCACAUCUCGAAGCGAUUGGUGCUGCUCUACCCCGAUCAGCGGUGGCUGUACGGCGAGCGCUGCUACAGCUUUAACGCGAUUCGCGACGCGUGUGAGAUGAACGUGAACCUUGACUUUGUCUUUGAUAUACUGCGAAUUGGGAAUCUGGUGUCCAACUACGCCGACGAAGGCGCGGGGAUGGGGAAGGGGAAGGCGGACUACGUGGAGGCCAUCCUGGGCGAACUGCACGCCUACGUUGUCGACUACGAGCCGAAGAUGGACGAUGACGUCGCCUUCGUGGAGGUGAACGGGGCCCGGGAGGCGCAGCUGUGCGCGCUCAUCCAGCACUGUCUGACGGAGCUUUACGAUUUGGUGGUGCUCCAACACGCCCGGCAGCUCACGCAAAACGCGCUGCCGCUCGCAAAAGAGCUGGCGGUGAAGAAGAUAUGGUUGCAGACGCGUCCGCGUCUCUUGCAAAACAAACGGUCCUCUCGAAAGAAUGCGGUGGGGCGCGUUGGUGGCCUUCGCAGCCUCCGCAGCAGCAGCAACGUCGACAAGGAGUUGGCGAGUGUUUCGGGCUCCGUGGCGGACGCAGCGCGGUUCGGCGCGAGUGUAAAGGCGACCGAGUCCACGGGCGGCCUUGACGUCUCCUACGCCGCCUCGGUAGCGACAGCGCCGUAUGAAGAUCUUUUUGAUCUCUCCGCUUCUAAAGACCAACUUGCAGACCUGAAUCCUGAAGGCAGUGCAGCAAGCAUGGUUGAGAACGUCAGCGUCUUCAAUACCGUAGACGCGUCCACAAAGCUAGUGGGCGACAGGAGCACGGGCGUACAUGCGGCGGCCUCGGCACCCUUGACGGCCACGGACGCCGAUGCCGAGACCGGUGACCGUGCGACGGCAGUAGUGACAUCGACAUCAUCCGCUUCCGUGGGGGCUGCCUCGUCCGUUAUCUACACCUCGUCUUUGAGCCUCGCCUCGGCGAUUCAGCGAGGGACUACCCGCGUGCUACCCGGUCUGCCACGGCUCUUUCAGCGGCCGCGUGCGCUGCCGAUGCACGUGCCGCAUCCCCUGCAGAACCUCCCCCUCUCCGCCAUUCCGAAGACAACCUACUGCGAGCACACUCACGCCGACAUCUUUGCCCAGAUAGUGGAGAGCUAUCAUCGACUCCGCCUGAGCAGCGAUGACGCGAGUCAGACACGCUACGUGGUCAGUCACUUCCCACCGGGGUGGCAUCUGCUGAUUGCCUCCUUAGUGCCACAGCUCGCACACGUCAUGACACGCACAGACAGCGCAGAGCCAGACGGGAAGCUGUACGAUUCAUUCGAUAACCUCUUCCCAAGCGCAGGGUCUAGUGGCACGGGAGACACAGAGACGAGUAAAGCUGCCACCGCAUCCGCUGACUCCGACGACGGUGGCGGUCUUAGAAUGCAAAGCAACGGCACGCAGAGUGAGGAGGUCACUCGCCGGUUGUUUACCUCGAUGGACGAAGGCGAGCUUUACUGCCGCGAUAUGCUCUACAACCUCGCGCCGUCGCCUUCAACUGCUGCACCGCAAGACACACCUCUCCGUUUUACGCCUUCGGUGGACUGGGUGCGGCACCACACUGGGUUGCGUACACUGACGUUGAAGCCCGUGCACGUAGAAGGGUCAGCGAUACAUGGAAGCAGCAGCAGCAGUAGUAGUAAUGGAUCAGACGGUGCUGCCUACAGCUCUUUUGCGGACUCGCGCUUUGUCCCUCCUUUGACGCGGCCGCCGUCCGCUGGUGUGGUGACAGACCGCAACUUAUGCCGAGGCGUCUUCCCGUUCCUCGCGUUUGAGGCCGCCGAUCCCGUCAAGGAGGCGACGGAGGCGCUGCAGGAGAUCCACCGGCGCACUACAGGUGGUGCUCCGAUGGGCAGAAUGGUGGAGAAAGCCAACGCGGAAUCCGCAUCGGGCGGCGCGGACGAAACUGCCGUGGCCCCACAAGCAAAGGACAUAAGAGAGGAGUCCUUCGCGGAGCACGUAGUGGCUGCCCUUGCGUAUUGGAAACGACAACCGCGGAAGCUCUCGGCUGACCCCGACAUCUUUAACGUUGAAAAACCGGUUGUGGCGCUGAAGAAGCCCGCAAACGGCAGAGAUGUUGUGGUGAGGGUUUAG